AUGAAGUUCAUUUACUUAAUGAUGAAAGAGGUCCAAUAUUAGAAUGUGUUGUUGCUCGUACUCUUUAAUAAGUUUAAAGAGCUUAAAGACAUAUCAGAUUGGUUGGUUUAUCUGCAACUCUACCAAAUUAUUGGGAUGUUGCUAUAUUUUUGGAAUGUCAUAAAGAUAGUGUGUUCUUUUUUGAUCAUACAUUCAGACCAGUACCAUUAUGUCAGAAAUUCAUAGGAUGUAAAGAACCUAAGAAGAACUAAAAGAGAUAUUUAAAAUGAAUAAGCUUAUGAAUUAAUGAGUGAAGUGGUGAAGCAUAACAAGCAAGUACUCAUUUUUGUUCAUUCUCGUAAAGAGACUGUUAAUUAUGCUAAAUGGAUAUUAGAAAGAGCAUCUCGUUUAGGUGAUAGACAUAUUAUUGGAACAACUAAAAUUAAUUGUACUAAGUUAAAUGAUAAUGAAUUGAAAAAAUUGUUGCCUUAUGGAUUGGCAUUCCAUCAUGCUGGUAUGUUAAGAGCAGAUCGUAAUUCGGUUGAAAGGUUGUUUUUAAGUGGAGAUGCAAGAGUAUUGAUAGCUACAGCCACUUUAGCUUGGGGUGUUAACUUGCCUGCUUUUGCUGUUAUUAUUAAAGGAACAGACAUCUUUGAUGUUACUCGAGCAGACAUGUAGAAUUUAUGUGUUUUAGAUGUGUAAUAAAUGUUUGGUAGAGCUGGUAGACCUUAGUUUGAUGAUAAGGGAGAAGCAACUUUAAUCACAGAUUUCAAUAAUGUAGGUCAUUAUAUGGGUAUGCUCAACAAUGCCAGUUAUAUUGAAAGCAAAUUAUUAACAUUCUUAAGAGAAGCCUUAAAUGCAGAAAUAGUCUUGGGAAAUAUUACUAAUUAUACUGAAGCAUAUAAUUGGAUGUGUCAUACAUUCUUAAGCAUUAGAUUAAGAAGAAACCCAUUACAUUAUGGUGUAUAAAGAGCAUAUGAUGAUUUAGAAUUAGAUUGUGAUACAUUGGUGUAAGAAAAGAUUGAGUCGGCAUUGAAAUAAUUGGAUGCUUUGAAAUUAGUAAGGUAUGACACCAGGAAUCAUUUGGUUACAUCAACAGACUUAGGUAGAAUAGCAUCUCAUUAUUAUAUUAAAUGUGAAACCAUGAAGGUUCUAUAGAAAUAAAAAUUCAAUGAUAAAAAUUAAUAUCAAUUGCUUAAGAUCAUAGCUAAGGCCAAAGAAUUUGAGAUGAUUAGAGUCAGACCUGAAGAGACUAAAGAAUUGUAGAAGAUUUAUGAUGAUGCUUGGGUAUUUGAUGAAGAACCUGAUGUCAGAAAAACUUAGGAGAAAGUCAUUGCCCUUAUUAGUGGAUAUCUAGCAAAAGUGAAUUUUGAAAAUUAUGCCUUAAUUAUGGAUACCAAUAUUAUUAUUCAAAACACUAUUAGAUUAUUGAGAUGCAUGUUGGAUAUGGCAAUCAAGAAAAACUAAGCAUGUAUGGCUCUGGAAUUACUGAAAUUGUGCAAGAUGAUUGAGAAUAGAAUGUGUCCUAGAUAAAAUCCACUCUUUUAAUUUAGUAAGGAAAGCUUUUCAGGGUGUAAUACUAGAAAAAUAAUGAAAUCUAAAGAUGCCUACAUGCCAAGAGCCUGGAUAGGUGCUAUGGCUGAAUGCAGUCUACCUGCUUACUAGAUGAAGGGUGAAGAUGACAUUGUCUUGGCUUAAUAGUUAUCAAUACCUACCAAUUUGGUUUCUCAAUUCAAGGCAUAUGUAAAUUACUUACCUGAUUUGAAUAUUGAAUACAAAGUUAAACCCAUCUCAUAAACUAUUUUAUAAUUGGUAGUUUUAAUAACGCCUUAAUUUACAUUCAAUAGUAAAUGGCACUUAAAAAAUGAGCCUUUUUGGAUAUUUGCGUAUGACUCUGAAGAAUUAUUACAUUCAGAAGAGUUUUUAAUGGAAAUGGAUACCAUCAUUAGAGGUAAUACCAUGUAAAUUUCCUUUUAUGUUCCAUUUAAUUCAAAAUGUAAGGCUUACUAUCUGACAAUUCAAAGUGAUCGAUGGGUAAUGCUAGAUGAGGAUUACACUACAGUUUAAAUAGAUCUAUCAAAUGCUUUUAUGCAAGAUGACUAGAUAGAUUUUACUGAGUUAUUAGACUUACAACCUUUACCAAUCAGUGCAUUAAACAAUACUGAAUUUGAACAAUUAUACUAGUAGUAUAAAUACUUUAACCCUAUCUAAACACAAGUGUUCUUUGGACUCUAUAACACAGAUGAUAAUAUAUUAAUUGGAGCACCUACAGGUUCAGGUAAAACUAUAAUGGCAGAAUUUGCUAUGUUAAGAGUGUUUAAAUAAUCACCAUAAUUCAAAGUAGUUUACAUAGCACCUUUGAAGGCAAUUGCAAAAGAGAGAUUAAAAGAUUGGACCAAGAGAUUGAAGGAAAUCAAUAAAAAUGUACUUGAAUUAACAGGAGAUUAUACUCCAGAUUUACAAGCAUUGUUGAAGGCUCAUGUUCUCAUAACAACUCCAGAAAAAUGGGAUGGUAUCAGUAGAAGUUGGAAUAAUAGAGAAUAUGUGAGAUAGACCUGUCUGUUAAUUUUUGAUGAAAUCCAUCUACUUGGAUAAGAUAGAGGAUAAGUCUUAGAGGUUAUAGUAAGUAGAAUGAAUUCAUUAAGCUACGAUACAAAUAAAAAGACACGAAUGAUUGGGUUAUCAACAGCAAUGGCCAAUGGAUUAGAUGUGAGUAAUUGGUUCGGAGUCAAGAAGGGUAGAUUUUAUAAUUUUAAACCCUCAUGCAGACCUGUCCCUGUCACCAUUCACUUUAAUGGAUUUCCAGAAAGAGCCUAUUGUCCUAGAAUGGCUACUAUGAAUAAACCAGCUUAUCAAGAUAUUAAGAGAUAUAGUGAUGGAAAACCAACUAUCAUUUUUGUGUCCUCUCGUAGACAAACUCGUCUAACUGCUUUGGAUAUUAUUGCUUUGGCUAUGCAAGAGGGAAAUGAAAAGCAGUAUAUCUAAACCACUGAGUAGGAAUUAGCUUAAUUGUGUACCAAGAUUGAUGACACAUAAUUAAAAUCAGUCUUGUAAUAUGGAAUUGGAAUUCAUCAUUCUGGACUUGAUAAAAAUGAUAGAAAUAUAGUUGAAAAUCUAUUUGUUUAAGGGAAAAUUCAAUUAUUAAUAGCCACAUCUACUUUGGCUUGGGGAGUGAACUUCCCUGCAAGAUUAGUUAUAGUAAAAGGUACUGAAUUUUUCGAUCCAAAAUUAAAGAAAUAUGUAGAUUUUCCAGUUACAGAUUUAUUGUAAAUGAUAGGAAGAGCUGGUAGACCUUAAUAUGAUACUGUUGCUAGUGCUUGUGUCUAUGUAGAAUAAAGUAAAAAGAAUUUCUAUCGUAAAUAUCUAAAUUCUCCUUUCCCAAUCGAGUCAAGUUUGCUUCAAGGCAUUUCAGAUCAUAUUAAUGCUGAAAUCUCCUCUGGAGUGGUUAAAAACAACUAAACUUUUAUCGAUUGGAUUACUUGGACAUAUUUCUUCAGAAGAUUAGUCAAAAAUCCUACAUUCUACAAUUGUCCAAGCACUAAUAGUAAAGAUAUACAAUACUAUAUGAAUAACUUAGUUGCUAAUACUAUUAGUGAUUUAGUAACAUCAAAAUGUAUUACAUAAGAAGAUGGAUAAUACGAAUCAACAUUUUUGGGCAAGUUAGCUGCCUUUUAUUAUCUCAAACACACAACUUUAAAACAUUUUGAUGAACGAAUUUAGAAGGAGAGUCGAUUUGAAGAUUUAUUAUACACUUUAGCAUACUCUAGUGAAUUCAAUGAAGUACCUGUUAGACACAACGAAGAACAUUUAAAUGAAGCCUUAUCUAAAUUAUGCAAAUUGAAGUGUGAUAAAAACAAAAUGGACAAUCCUAAUGAAAAGGCUUACUUAUUGAUUUAAGCCCAUAUUUUCAGAUUGAAAUGUCCUAUUAAAGAUUUUGAGACAGAUCAAAAACUUAUUUUAGACUCAUGUAUCAGAAUCAUAAGUUGUAUGAUUGAAAUAUCUGCCAAUAAGGGUUACCUUUAAACUACUCUUAAUAUUAUCUAUAUGUUGUAGACGAUUGUUUAGGGUUUUGUUAAAAAUGAAGAAUAAGUAUUAAUGAAUUUGCCUUAUUUGCACAAACUCAAACCAGAGGAAUGCAUUAAUCGAGUCAGAACUAUCAAGGAAUUACUGUAAUUUUUUAAUCUUAGAGAAUUUGAUAUUUUCCUAUAAAAUAAUGUUCAUCAAAAAGAGAAUAUUGCAGAAAUAAUGAAAGCCAUAAAUGCAUUACCUGAUAUCCAAUUAGUUUAUACUAAAACUGAAAACUAAUUGAAAGUAAAUCUCAAAAACGAAAGCAAACCUGACAAUAAAGUUUAUAUUUAAAAGCUUAGUAAACAAAGAGAAGCUUCUUGGUGGUUGAUCCUUGGAGAUGAGGAUCGAAUUGUGUCCAUGAAAAAAGUGUACUUGAGAAGCACCGCCAGCAAGGAUAUUGAAGUAGAAGAUUGGAAUAGAAAUUACAGGUUGUAUUUGAUGUCAGAUUCAUAUUUGGGAUUGGAUUAGAUUAUAGAUAUUAAAUGAAAGGCUUAUUUUUGUGUUUAGUAAAUAAUUAUUAUUAUUAUUAAUUGAAA